AUGAAGGACAGCGACACCGGCCUGUGGCUUCAUAACAAAUUGGGAUCUACAGAUGAGCUAUGGACACCUCCGAGCAUUGCCUCUCUACUCACUGUGUCUGUAAUAGACAACAUACGGCUAUGCUUUUCGAGUUUAUCGCCGCCAGUGAAGCUAAAACUCCUGCUGGGGAUGCUGCAUCUCCCCCGGCGCACGGUGGACGAGAUGAAGGAGGCUCUGUCUGAGAUAAUCCAGUUGGCCACAGUGGAUUCAGAGCCCUGGGUGCUUAUGGUCGCAGAUAUCCUCAAAUCCUUCCCAGAUACGGGUUCUUUAAAUUUGGACUUGGAAGAGCAAAAUCCAAAUGUUCAGGAUAUCCUUGGGGAACUCAGGGAAAAGGUGAGUGAGUGUGAAGCGUCCUCUAUGCUUCCACUUGAAUGUCAAUAUCUAAACAAGAACGCUUUAACCACAUUGGUCGGACCUCUGACGCCCCCUGUCAAACAUUUCCAACUCAAAAGAAAACCCAAAAGUGCCACAUUAAGAGCAGAAUUGCUACAGAAAUCCACAGAGACUGCUCAACAGUUAAAAAAGACAGCCGGAGUGCCUUUUCAUGCCAAAGGGAGAGGGUUGGUUAAGAAAAUCGACAAUACCACACCUAUGAAAGGAAUUCCUAAAGCCCCAUUUCGAAGUCCUACAGCCCCCAGUAUGUUCAGCCCUCCCAGCAAUCGCACACCUAUUGCUCCUCCACGCACGCCUCUUCGGAAAGAGAGGGGAGUCAAGCUACUGGACAUUUCUGAGCUGGACAUGGUGGGAGCUGGACGAGAAGCUAAAAGGAGACGAAAGACUUUGGAAACCGAAACUGGAGAGAAGGCGGCCAAAGAAGAAGCCGUGGUUGAAAACACGACUCCGGACUACGCUGCUGGACUGGUCUCAGCGCAGAAACUGGGGGCGUUGAACGAGAACCCACUGCCAUCAACCAGCUACUUACCAGCUACACCCAGCAUGGUGCCCUCCUCCUCCUAUAUCCCCAGCUCUGAGGCACAGCCAGCGAAUGCAGGGGGCUCUGGACGGGAACCGCUGCAGGCCGCUCGCCAACCGGAAGAGUCUGCCAGCGCGGGCACCGGCGCCGCUCUGCCGGGCCAGUACAAACAGAGGACCCCCAUGUACAACGCAGGGACCACCGCAAACCCCGCCACCCCCACUUCCCCCAGUACCCCCACCUCCACGCCCACCACCAACGGACCCGCCGCCGCCGCCACAGCCAGCCAACCAGAAACCCCCACCCCACCCCCCAGCACGCCGCAGACCCCCACCCCCCCCUCUGCGCCCACCCAGCCUCAGCCCAAAAAGAACCUCUCGCUCACGAGAGAUCAGAUGUACGCCGCGCAGGAGAUGUUUAAAACUGCCAACAAGGUCACACGGCCAGAGAAGGCACUCAUCCUGGGCUUUAUGGCAGGAUCCAGAGAAAACCCAUGUCCGGAGCAGGGAGACAUCAUCCAGAUCAAGCUGAGCGAGCACACGGAGGUCCUGCCCAAAGCCGACGGCACCGGCAGCACCACGAUGCUGGUGGACACUGUUUUUGAAAUGAACUACUCGACGGGACAGUGGACCCGUCUGAAGAAAUACAAACCCAUCACCAACACGUCCUGA